AUGGAAGGCGCGUGGCCACACGUGCUUAGCCGUCUGCCGUUGGAAGACGUGGUCCGAUGUCGACGAGUCUGUCGUCGGUGGGACAGCUACUGCGGCCACGUUUUGCGGACCUGCCGUUCCCUCGACGUGGAGGCUCAGUGUGGCGCGACCAUUUCCGAUCCGCUGGCCAUCGCCUCCGUCGUCGGUUCGUUCGUGUUUCAAAGCUAAUCGGGCGGAAAAUGAGACGAGAGAUGGUUGUGGCAAAUCGUCGUCCCGAUGUCGAACAUUGGUGUCUUUUGCUAACAAGAUAUAUUAGAAUACAGUCUGAGUAAUUAUAUGUUUCUCCAAAAAUUAGUUUUUAUUGAAAGUUCAGAGAUAGUCAUACAUGUAGAAGCUCAAAAUUCCUCGUUUAUUCUUCUGUAAUUCGUUAUAUAUGUCUUACUCAGACCUCGCAGGAAACCGACGGAAUCCGGAACUACAAUAUCUAGGGGAAAAAAAAAACGCAAAAUUAUCAACUCCACAAUAAAAAAAGGUUUGAGAGAUCCAACUAUGAACUCAGACCAAUGCGGCCGAAGCCUGCAGUCCGUGACCCUCCGAGUGACGGCCAAGAAUGAGAAAUACUCAGUUUUGUCGAGCGAAUGCCACGUCACCAGCCAAGUCAUCCGCUCAGUCUGCCGUCGGGCGACCAGACUCCGAUCUUUGCGGAUCGACAGGUUAGAAACUUGAGUAACUACUUGUUCUAUCAAGUUCUACAAAUCUAGGAUGAUUCUAACGUUGGGAGCUAUCGAAAAUUUUGUUCACUUGCCGGCGACUCUGCAGGUUUUUAAAGACAACAAUCCAAAAUUGUAUUUUUUUUUAGGAAAUCAGCAUCACAAACUGCCUGAUAUCGUGCUCGACGUAUGAUGUGAACACCAUAAUUCAGGCCAGCCUUCAAAAACUUCUCGACAAAUGCACACGGCUCGUGACUUUCGAAAUAACGGUAACUAUGUGCUUUUUAGUUCAAAAUAACCGUUUAUGGAUUGAAGGGACGAGGCCUUUGCUUCGAUCACUUUUCGCUGGACACGGCUGUUAUGAGCCGGAUAUCCAACUCUAUUAGGAAUCUUUCAAUUUCCGCCGGCAAUUCUCUCAAAAUCGACGAGCUCUCUUUUCUCAAGCACAAAAGGUAAUCCGGACUUUUUCCUUUUCUACCUGUUAACGAGGGAAAUCUCCAAGGUGAGCAUCGCAAACUUUAUAGUUUGUAGUCCUUGUUGAGAUUUAAAAAAAAAGAGUCAUCUGCUAAGCGCUACGGAGGGCUGAGAGACAGUAGAUAAAAAAUAUGCAGAAACAGCUCGAAAACUGCUUUUUUCUCGGAAUUUUCGGGUUGACCUUUUUUCGUGUUGCUAAGGAUAGGAUUAUUCAGAGUAGUUAAUUUUGAAACAGAAAAAAACCAAAAAAAAAAACAGUUCUCAAUCAUUACUUUUACGUUUCGACCACUUUUUCUGGUGCCCUCAGAAAAUAAUACUUUUCGUUUUUGAGUAUUUUCAUCUAGGACUGUCUACCACACAGUUAAUUCCAAGUCGAAAUACAGGUUAGAAUCGCUGACCUUGCGACGGUCGUUCAUCUCGGCGGCGUGUCUUCCGUUUCUCGUGGAGAUGGCCGAUUCCCUCCAACACCUCGACCUCUCCUGGUCACCCAAUCUCCUCGACUGCACUCUCAUCGGACAGCUUCCCAAUUUGCGGUCCUCUCUUAAUUUUCUUUCCUUUGAAGCUGUUUUAAGUGAGAAACACUUUACAUUCUAGAAGCUUUUUCAUAAAAAUAAAAUAAAACUAGAGCUCUUGAAACGUAUUUUGGAGUACAAGGGAAAAAAUUUACUUAGUUCUCCUGUUCUCCUACAAAAGACUUAUUGCGAGUUCAUCAGGCAAGAUCAAUGGAAAACCGUUACCAAAAGUAUUUCAGAAGCCUCAACUUGGGGAACAACCGUGACGGCGUCACCGACGAAUCUCUCGACGUCAUCGCUGAGCAGUGCUGUCUUCUGGAGACUUUAUCCGUCGAGAACUGCUCCCAUCUCACCCAGCGCUCUCUCCAAAAAAAUAGGUUUGUAUUUUUGUAUUUUUGAUUAGUCUUAUGUUAUUAUAUUUUUUUCUCUAAAAAAACGCUUUCGAUAGUGUAAAAUGUGCCUUAAUCAGAAGUCACAAGUAAUCAAGUGAAAAAGAAGAUUUCCUUAAACUUUUCCCUGAAAAUACAGAUACGAUAACGAUUCAGUGAAGCAUGAGGAAAAUAAGGCAAAAAAUGCACCAAAGUAAAAUUGCCAGUCUUCUUUCGCGUAUUCUGAAUAUCUUCUUGAUUAAGUGAUGAGAAAAACCAUUGUGAUUGUUAUCUUAAGGAAAACUUCAACAGCUCACUAAAAUCUCGUUGAGCGGAGUUUCGAACGUCGACGACGAGGUCUUGAUAAAACUGGCGAUGUGCUCACAACUCAACUUUGUCGAGCUCAACUUUUGCAGAAAGGUUUCACUAAACCUUGAGUCUUUUGUCACUUUAAAUGGUUCAGGUAACGUCUAGAGGACUCCUCACCUUGCUGCGAAGUUUGAGAAACCUCGAACGUCUGGAAGUUCUCGGAAUCCGCGGCUACAGUCAUCAGUUGCUUCUAUCGUGCAACCACCGCGUCCCACGGAGCAUAGUCUGCGAUUCGUCCAUUCCGACUUUUUCCUUCCCGAUCCCUCCAAUCCCAGGAACUGCCAGCGUCGUUUCCGCCUAG